AUGUACGACUACCUCUCCUCCGCCGCCAGCCGAGCCUCCACCGCGGCCAGCAGCCUCUCCUCCACCAUCUCCACGGCGGGCUCGGUGGCACCGCAGUCCGCCGCGCCGUCUACGGUGACUCGAGCGCACUGGAUCUCGGACGCAAAGACGACGCACUGCGCUCAGCCCGACUGCGGCCGGCAGUUCGACUCGUGGAGGGUGCGCCGCCACCACUGCCGCCGCUGCGGCCUCGUCUUCUGCGCCGAGCACUCGGCCUUCCGCAUGCGGCUCGGGCCGGACGCACAACCAUCCGACGGCGGCGAGCUCUGCCGCGUGUGCGGAGGCUGCUUCGCCGCGUCGGGCCGCGCGCACACCGCGGCCGACGUGACCAAGGUCCUCAAGGUGGUCGACGCCGGCUCUCGCUACGCCGACCCCGGCCGCGAGCCUCCGCCCGUGGCGCUGGCGCCGCCCGCGCCGCCCGCGCACCCUGUCGUAGCGCGGGACCGAACGGAGCUCUUCCUGGCGAAGCGCGCGCCGCACGCGGCGGAGGCGGAGGCGCGCGUGGAGGCGGCGGCGCGCGGCUACGCCUCGCUUAGCGUGAGCGGCAAGGAGGGGUUGGCCGGCGUGCUCGAGGACCACCCCGACGAGCGGCGCGUCGCCGCCGCCUCCGUCUGCGGCCUCGCCUCGUGCCGCAAGCCCCUCCCCUCCGAGGUCUUCGGAGGCAUCAGCGGCCUCACCUCCCGCAGCCGCAAGCAGUGCCGCCUGUGCGCAAAGGUCGUUUGCGCCUCGUGCUCGUCCAAGCGCCCGUGGCCGCUGCCCGGCAGCAGCAGCAGCGGCGGCGGUAGCGGCGGCGGUAGCGGCGGCGGCGGCGGCGGCGGCGGCGGGGCGAGACAGGGCCCUCCGGCGCGACUGUGCGACGGCUGCGCCGAGCUGCUCCGCCGCUGGAUCGCGAGGCAGGAGUUUGCGGAGGCAGAGCGCUGCUCCGGCGGGGACGCGGAGGCGGAGGCCGAGGCGGCGCGCGCCAUGGCAUGCGUAGAGAGGCUGGUCCCGCAGCUGAUGGGCCUGAUCAAGGCCGUCGGCGCCGUGCCGAUCGACUUCGCGGCCGAGGCGCCGGUCAAGGCCGCAGCGGUGCGCAUGCCCGCAGAGCUGCUCAAGGCGGUCGUCCCGCGCCUCCACUCGCUUAAGCGCGAGCUCGAGCGAAAGGCGGACUCAUCCCCUACCCACACGAUACCCGAACCCAUCCCUUUCCCCACGCUGCUCGAGAUCUCGCACGCAAUCACCGCCACGCGCGUCACCGACCCGCCGCCGCCCGCGUCCAAGGGAGAGGCGCUCUCCGCCCUGCUCAGCGUCGCGUCGAGAAGCCUCCUCGUGCUGGAGGAGCUCGAGCCCGCCGCGUUCCGCGACGCGCGCCGCACGCUGCUGCAGCUGAGAGGGACGCUGCGCGAGCUCUACAUGUCGGAGUGCAUCCCGUACUGA